AUGGAUGAACUAGCCCGCAGGGAAGAACUAAACGAACUAAUCCAAAGUUCGGAUUUAGAAAAAGCCCAAAAAGUCCCAAUAAAUAAAUUACUGAAAAAAUGUGUCGCUAGACUUCGUUCUUUGGCUCGCCAAAAAAUGGAACAGGAAAACUCCAUCGCCCGUUUAAUUUCCGAAAAUAAAAGAGAAAAAAGAGCAUUAGAAAAUAAAAUAAAAACCCAAGAAAGCGAGGAAAUGGAAAGAAAUUCAUUUGAAACACCAAGUCCGAUUGAAAGACCAGCCGAACCAAAAGGAAUACCGCCCCGAGGUAGUAAAAGGAAUGAGGAAUUAACUUCUGAAUUAAAAGAGGCUCGGGAGAAAAUUGCUAAGUUAGAGGAGGAAAAUGAAGGUCUAAAAAAAGAAGGACAAGAAAACGAAAAAUUAAUUAGAGAUGGAAUGGAAAGAAUCGAGAGAUUAAAGAAAUUUAUUAAGAGACAACAAACUGAGGAAAGUGGUUGUAAUGAUAGUUUUCAUAUAGAUUUAGAAAAGGAAAUAAAAGCAAAAAUUUCUCGUAUUGAGAAGUUAGAAAGUAGGCUUCUCCGAGUGGAGAAAGAAAACAAAGAUACCCGGUUUGAUAAAAAACAAUUGGAGAGGGAAUUGCGAGAAAGAACAAAAUAUUGGAUGGAUACCCUUGAAACAUUGUUCGCCAAAAUACCAGAAAAUAGUGAAUUAUCCGCUGAAAUAGCAAGGUUAAAAGCCGAGUUAGCCAGUAACGAAAAAUCUCCGAAAUUAGGAGAAGAGUGUAAUAUUGAAGAACAUCAUGAAUUAUCCGAUAAAAACUUGGAAUUGCAGGCUAGAAUUAUGGGUUUGAUGAUGAGUAAUGAACAUUUACAGGAAGUAAUAAAGCAGUUGAAAAAAUUAAAAAAACCAGAGAUGGAAUUGAAAGGAGAUGCUUCGUCAAGCAAAAAAGAUUGA